CUGUCAAGUGUAUUUUAAUUCGACCUAUGGCAGCCUCAUUCGACUUCUCGUCUGUCAUUUAUCAUUAAUUUGUUCAUUGUGUAGUGAAAUGUUUUUAGCAUAGAUAACGCUUUUAGGGUGGAACCGUAGCUAAAUUAUAAACGUCAAUUGAUUUCAUACAAAAAUAUUGAAUCAAAUAAAAUAUUAGUAUACAUUUCAGUAAAAUGUCGCGAAGUAAUGCAGUUCAAGGCAGUGGAUCAUCCUUGCAGACGUACAAAUUAGUGAUUGUGGGAGGUGGUGGGGUGGGAAAAUCUGCGUUAACAAUACAAUUCAUUCAGAGUUACUUUGUUACCGACUAUGAUCCUACAAUUGAAGACUCUUAUACCAAACAAUGUGUCAUCGACGACGUCCCAGCAAAAUUAGACAUCUUAGAUACUGCCGGCCAAGAAGAAUUCAGUGCCAUGCGUGAACAGUACAUGCGUUCUGGAGAGGGUUUCCUGCUUGUCUUCGCCCUUAACGAUCAUUCCAGCUUUGAUGAGAUACCAAAAUUCCAAAAGCAAAUACUCCGUGUAAAGGAUCGCGAUGAAUUUCCAAUGUUAAUGGUUGGCAACAAAUGUGAUUUGGAGCAACAGCGUCAAGUAUCGUUGGAUGAGGCGCAAACUAUAAGCCGAAAUCUCAUGAUACCAUACAUUGAGUGUAGCGCAAAGUUGCGCGUUAAUGUCGAUCAAGCAUUUCAUGAGCUUGUGCGUAUUGUGAGAAAAUUCCAAUUAGCUGAACGCCCGUUUUUGGAGGAGAGCUACAAAAGGAAAAGCAAACGGAAAUGUUGCGUCUUGUAAUAACGUAUUAAGCAAAAAUAACGCAAAAAAAACUUCGAAGAAUUAGUGUGUUGCCAUGGAUUUCGAAAAUGAAACAUUUUAAAUUUUCAUAUGGAAAUUGAUUAGAACAAAAGCUGCCAGUGAACCAAACUACUUAAAUAUAUAUACAUAUUAUAUAUAUAUAUAUCUAUAUUUAUGUGUAUGCAUAUAUGUAUGUAUAUAUAUUUAUAUAUUCCAAAAUAACAAAAGGAGUACGAAUUUUUACGUCAAUUGGUUGCAUAUACGCAACAUAUGCGACUCAUAGGAACUCCAAACAAAGCCACAUGUGCAAUAUACAAAAAAUGCUUUUGAGAAAUGCAUUUCAAAGCACCAAAAAUCAGGCUGUACAUGUAAUUCACUUGAGUUCAUAAAAUUACGAUGAAACACUUAACAUCAAUUGUACAAAUACGAAAUUCUAAUGAAAGCCACCAGAGUCCACAAUAUAUAUACAUACAGACCAGCAUAUGCUAUUGUUCUUCCUCGCUAAAUCAACGAAAAUGUCGAAUACCGCCAAAAAUAUUUAAAUUUGUUUGUAUUAAUCAAAAUAAUAAGUCAUUCAAUAACUUGUUAACCAAAUUUAUGCUGAAUGCAAAA